CCAUAUCAGUAGUAUUUACAACAUUGAACAGUAUUGAUAAACAAAAAAAUAAAAAUGUGUAAUAUCUCAAAGAGUAUCGUUCUCCUAUGUGCAUUUGCAAGUGUAGCAGUUCUUAAUGUGUCUGCGAAGCCAGCCGACGACAAAUACACCACUAAGUACGAUAACACCGAUGUGGACGCCAUCUUGAAAAGCAAGCGUUUGUUGAACAACUACAUUAAUUGUUUGUUGGAUAAAGGAAGCUGCAACCCAGACGCUGCCGAACUUAAAAAAAAUCUACGUGAAGCAUUGGAAACUGAUUGUAUAAAAUGCAACGACCUACAGAAGAAACGCGCCUAUCAAGUGAUCAUCCAUCUACACGAGAAUGAACCGGCGAUUCUGAAGGAGCUCAAAGCCAAGUACGACCCAAGCGGUGACUUCGAACGUCGCUUGUGCAAGAGAUUGGAAGCAGGUGAAAUCGACUCACCGCAUCGAUGCGCUGCUGAAUUGCAAGGGCAGAAAUCAUCGUCACGGUUUGACAACGUUGAUGUAGAUGCAGUAUUGAGCAAUAAAAGAUUACUGAAAAAUUAUGUUGAUUGUUUACUGGGGACGCGUGUUUGUACACCGGAAGGUGCCGAAGUCAAACGACUUUUACCUCAAUCCAUAAAAUCUGAAUGUGCCGAUUGUACCCCGAAACAAAAAGAGAACUCAAAGAAGGUCCUCAAUUACUUCCUCAACACCGACGCGGAUUACUGGGAGCGAUUGGAGAAACUCUACGAUCCGACUGGUGAAUACAAAAAACGAUCCUGUGAACGCGCCAGACGUGAUGAAUGUGAUAUAAAAACAAUAGCUCGUGGAAAAACCAUGUGUAUUUUCCAGAUCGCUACCAGAGGAAAACUGAUCUUCUUGUCCGGCAUUGUUUUAUUCGUUAACGUGACCAUGGUGCGUUUAAUAUUGCUUUUCGGGCUGGUGAUAGCCGCACAAUGCACUGUGUCAAAAGAGAAAACCUACACCACGAAAUACGACAACGUCGAUCUUGACGACAUCCUCAAGAACGAGCGUUUGCUCAAGAGCUAUGUCGAUUGUCUCUUGGAGAAAGGCACUUGCACACCAGACGGAUUAGAAUUGAGAAAGAACAUGCCGGAUGCGAUUGAGACAGAUUGCAGCAAAUGCAGUGAGAAACAAAAGGAAGGCUCGGAUAAAAUUAUUCGAUUUUUAAUUGACAACAAACCGGAACUGUGGAGUCCUCUGCAAGAGAAAUACGAUCCGACCGGAAGUUACAAAACAAGAUAUUUGGAAAACAAAAGCGAUGUUGCAUCGGAACCAAUCUUGUAA